AUGGCACCACCGGCUACGGCACCGGUGCUCGUGCCGACCGACGGCCUGGGAAGAUCCCGAACCGGCCUCCAUGAAGCCAUGGUGACACCCUCGCCGGCUGUGUCUUCGGCACCGUCGUCCUUCUCGGAUUCGUCCUCCUCAGCAACGUCUUCCUCCUCAGACUCGUCAAGACAGCCGUCGACUUCCACCUCAUCACCGUCGGCAUUACAGCCAGACUCGACAUCCACACCCUCGAGACCCAAGUUACUCACGCCGUCCCUCCCGCCCGCCCAUAUACCUCCGUCGCCAUUCCCAAAACGAGCCCCAGGCGGCUCAUCUUCCACCUCCUCCACCGCCACCACGUCUUCUACUACCGCCGCUGCGGCCAAGCCCCAGUACAACACCCGACACCUGGGCCUCCGUCUCGCUGCCGACGCCGCCAGCGGUUUCACCGCCGCCUCCUUGGUUGCGCCGAUCAUCGCCAUCAUCGACCGCAGCAUCAUGGAAAACGCCUCGGGCGCCAACUCCCUCGCCGGCUCUCUGCGUGCCUCCUUUGCGACCCUCGUCCGCCGCCCCCAGCAGAUCCUGUGGAGCAAACCGUUUGGCCUCAUCUGCCUGCUCUACGGCAGCACCUACUUCACGGCCAACGCCGUCGACACCGCCACCAGCACCGCCCACAACCGCCCCGCCUCGCACGUCACCGCCGGCGCCGCCAAGUUUGCCGCCUCGUCUGCCACCAACAUUGGCGUCUGCAUCUACAAGGACCAGGUGUUUGUCCGCAUGUUUGGCCCGCCCGGCGCCGUGCCGCGCCCCGUGCCGCUGCCGUCGUACCUGCUGUUUGCCCUGCGCGACUGCAUGACCAUUUUCGCGUCCUUCAACAUCCCCCCGCGGCUGGGGCCGUACCUCGACGACAAGCUUGGUCUGGGCGGCGAGGCGGCCGCCCGCCAGGCCCUGUCGCGCGCCGUAUCCGGCCUGGCGGUGGCGCAGUUUGCCGCGCCCGCGCUGACCCAGUUUGUCUCGACGCCGGUGCACCUGCUGGGCCUCGACCUCUACAACCGCCCGUGGCAGGCGAGCGGGCCGGCCGGCCAUGCCAAUGGCCCGGCGACCUGGGCGGACCGGUUUGCCGCCGUGCGCAGGAACUGGCUGGUGAGCUCGCUGGCGCGCAUUGGCCGCAUUGUGCCGGCGUUUGGUGUCGGCGGCGUGGUCAACAUGAAGAUGCGCAAGUCGCUGAUGACGCCGCUGGAGUAA